GUAUUAAGGCAUUAUGAGGAGACACUAUGGACUGUGCUCUGGCCGUGGGGUCGGGGCCCACUGCUACCCCCAGCACCCUGACAUGGGGUGGGGCAUUCCUCUGGUCUCCCCUCAUGGCCUGAACAUGUGUGUGUGUGUGGGGGAGGGUCAUGCUGUGUAUCCAGUAUGGUGUACUGGGAAGGCUAAGGCUACCACAAAACCAGCCUCAGUAUGCUUCUGUGUACACUGGAUUGCCUGCACACUGCUUUCGAUGCUUUUGGAGCAGAGAGGGGUCCUCCAUGGCAUUCCCUCCCCUCUUCUGUUGUUUAAUAAUGAUUUAAUGAUUUAGGUGGCUGAGAACAUGCCUGAUUCACUUUAGGUGGCUGAGAACAUGCCUGAUUCACAUGUUUGCUUCGGUUAAACUCCGUUUUUAACAACCUUGAGUUUGACCGCCUUGAACCCUGCGUAAGUCUCACUGUAGCUUAUGGUCUCAUGACAGUUUUUAUAAGAAAUGAGCAUCGCGACGGUUCGUUAAUGGCAUCUGGGCCAUUUCCCUCAUCUCCUCACUGAUUGUGACCCAGCAAUUGGCAGUCUAAUAUUUACAAGUGCGCAGGCUGGGCUAAUUACUUGAGUAAUACAGCAAGGCACAUCAAUCCAAUUAUAUUCAUGAGCUGUGUGGCAGACCAACUGUUUGUAGGGAUUUUUUAGCAUUAGCAUCCGCUCCCUGUCUGUUUUGACAGACGAACUCUUAGCAUCGUACAGAUUUUUUAGCAUUAGCAUCCUCUAACUAUUGUGACAGGCCCACUGUUAGCAUCGUACAGAUUUUUUUAGCAUUAGCAUCCUCUCCCUGUCUGUUUUGACAGGCGAACUGUUAGCAUCGUACAGAUUUUUUUAGCAUUAGCAUCCUCUCCCUGCCUGUUGUGACAGGCCAACCGUUAGCAUCAUAGGGUCUUUUAGUGUCAGCAAUCUCUCCCUCUGUUGUGACCGGCUAACCAUUAGCAUCGUAGGGUUUUUUAGCAUUAGCGUCCUCGCACGUUAUUGGUGAAAUCAGACCCCAGACUUGUUGACAGAUGCCCUGUCCGGGUUUUCAUUUGGCAUCGAGGGUCAGGGAUGAUGCAGCAGAAUAUUAAUCAAGGCGAGCGAAAGACACUGGAGGCCCCCUUGGGGGGGGAUGUUUAUUGCAGCAGGCCAAGACGGAAGCAUUUAGACGCUGAGCUUCUCAGCACUCCCAGAAAAUAAUGGGAUAGAGAGCCAAGCCAUCGAUCUCGGGAAGUUGGCGUGUCGGACGGCAGCUUGGCCCAGCUCGUGGUCUGCUGAGGAUCACCGCUCUUCAGUGCUCUCAUAGGCGGCGUCUUGGGAACCGUGAUCUGGGGAAUGCCAGAUUCCCUGGGGCUGUGACCACUAAGUGUUCGUGCACGAGAUGUAGAAGAGAAGAUGGACGAGCCAGGGUAGGUGGCCUGGAGUCAGGCUUUGUGGUGCGGGCCCUCCGAGGGGUAAGGGAGUCUCGCUGACGGCUGGAUGAAUUGGGGGUGGUGAUGGCGGUGGUCCACUUUCCCACCAUAGCCCGCGGCGACCUCUGACCCCUAUUCAUCUUGAGUGGAUGCGAACUCCAAAGGUUAAACGUCCGCACUUGACAACAGCCUCCCAGCAACACAAACAGGCUUAAAUGAUUGUUAUUUUUCUGCUUUGCUCGUUGUGGUUGGUUUCACAGUCAGACAUGCAGCUUGACCUUCUGCGGCUCUCGCUCUCAGGGCUAUGGAAUUGCUCGUCUGAAGAGGCUGAUAGCAAACACUACGCCAUCACACAGAGCAGGAGCGUUGCAGCCGGUGUGACUCAUUGCGAUUUUAGCCGCGGACGACAUUCGCUGCAUCCAGUUGAAGUGCUUUGUGCCGCCGUAUUGUUGCCUAGGAAUUGCCAGGCAGUUGGUCAAGUAACUUUAUAGAAAGACACAAAAGUACUUGACAAGUAAGCCUGGGAAGUGUUACAUAAUGCAGAAACACAAAGCACCUUUGACAGGCUCCUCUGUUAUAGCAGCCACACGGCGACACGGUGGAAGGCGAAUGAUCCUGCCUUUUCCCACCAAUGUUGUCCUUUUUACCCAUAAACCCUUUCUCUGGAUGUGGCCCCUCUCUGUUCUUGUCACACGUCACAUGUCACUAGCGGGCAUCGCUGCUGAUCACAUCGCCCCCUGCUGGCGUGUUCCCCCACGGCAGCUGAUGAUGACACAGGAAGUGUGGGAGGCCCCGUCGAAUGAAACGGGCCCUAAUUAUCAUAGAGCAUCGAUAGAGUUUUCCCAGAAUUCCCAGCUCAUUCUGCCGUAUUUCAGCACGGUGGCGUCAUGGCGACAGUGUUGACGGGGGGGCACUUUCCAGCCCAGCUGCUGGAUGUUGAUCUUCAUCUAAAUCUUCUCCAAAGCCCCUGUCCCCAGGGCCAUGGGAUUAAGCUCAGCAAGUUGCCCGUGUCAAUAACCCUUUACCAAGACUGCCAGAGGGGCAACAGAGCUAAACUGUUUGCCCUCCUCUUCUAAGGUAAAAGGGUCACGUGAUUCCGAUGAUUUACAUGUUCGAAACAAAGGAUCCUCCAUGAUUCUCAACGGCUCCCCCUGUUGUAAAUCUCAGGUAUUUCACUUUUCCGUUCUGUCAAUAUUGGGUGAGUUAAAUGGACGUGGGGAUUGGGCUGGUGUCCCUUUCCUCGUACAGGCCAUGUGUGUGGAGGGUUACGUACUGCGAAGUUUCGGGCUCCGGCAUGAGCAGAGUGAGGAUCCCACACAGAUUCCCCAGGGGGCUCUUCUCUGUCGGCAGUCUGCUGCCUAUAGGGCGGCGCUCUCCUUUAAUAACUGUUCUCUCUUUUUCUUUUUCUCUCCGCUGCUGUCCUGGGACCUAGAGAGAGGGACUUUGCAUACGUGGCGAGAGACAAAGACACUCGGAUACUAAAAUGUCACGUGUUCCGGUGUGACACACCUGCCAAGGCCAUCGCCACCAGUCUCCACGAAAUCUGUUCCAAGAUUAUGGCCGAACGCAAAAAUGCCAAAGCUGUGGCCAGCGGGUCCGCCCAGGCGGGAGCCGAUGUUCCUCUCCAAGCAGAGUUCCCCACACCAAAGACGGAGCUGGUGCAGAGGUUCGAAGUGCUGUAUCUGGGCAUGAUGCCUGUGGCCAGACCCAUAGGAAUGGACAUCCUCAACGGGGCCAUAGACAGCCUGAUGUCUUCCUCCGGGAAGGAGGACUGGACGCCCGUCAUCCUGAACGUGGCCGACGCCACGGUCACCAUCAUGAAGGAGAAGGACGAUGAGGAGGUGCUGGUGGAGUGCCGCGUGCGCUUCCUCUCCUUCAUGGGCGUCGGCCACGACAUCCACAACUUCGCCUUCAUCAUGGACUCGGGCAGCCGCCACUUUGAAUGCCAUGUGUUCUGGUGCGACCCAAACGCGGGCAGCGUGUCGGAGGCCGUGCAGGCGGCAUGCAUGCUUCGCUACCAGAAAUGUUUGGUUGCCCGGCCGCCACCACAGAAGGCCUGCUCGACGGCGCCCCCCUCUGACUCCGUCACCCGGCGUGUGACCACCAGCGUGAAGCGGGGGGUACUAUCCCUCAUUGACACUUUGAAACAGAAGAAGCCUGUCCCGGAACUGCCUCAGUAGGGGGCAGAAUGACCUCAGGACGGCGACUGGAGGUGAUGACUGCGUCCAUAAGCGCCAGUGAUUAACUGCAUAACCGGACUUUGGUGAAGAAAAUCAUCUUGUAUGUGAUGAACCAAAGGGUGCACAUGUAUAGUGUCACCUGUCGCCUGUCUGUUCUCCGUAACUCCGCCUUUGCGGUUUCUUCCUGUCCUAUGGGCCUGCCCUUCAGCAUGUGUGGCCACACCCACUCCCAUCAGGCCACACCCACUUCCGUCUGGCCCCACCCUUACAUGUCACACGAUGGAAGUGCAUGACCACGUGUUAAAAGGGACUUCAUGUCCGCUUCUCUUAUAUAUACUGGAUGUCCCGUGUAGCGCAGUCUCUCCUGUCCCUUAUUGUUAUCUGACGGAAUCGUACGGCCUUCUGCAGCUCGUUGCUGUGUCGCCUUCGAUCCACCAAAGUCGAGACGUCUUCUAAGCUCUGUCCGUCUCUCCGUUUGUGACCCCCUUUGUCCUGAGUGGGGUGCAGUGCCUGUUUUGGUUGUGGACGUGUCCCAUGUCGGUCAGGACGCCGGCACAGCGGUGAACACUGAGACUGGGUUUUCCCCACAUGCAGCUGGGGGGGAGGAAUCCACACACAUCACUCAGAACGGACGUGACAUCUGUCAGCAUUUUAAUCCGGUGUCUGUCUUUAAUUUUAAUCUCACUGGUGUGUCUGGUGUCUUUGAACGGGAAAGGCCACUGUACUGAGUCUUUGGGAGUUUCUGUUCCGUCGCGUACGGCUUGUGACACUGUAUCCGAUGUCCAUUAAUAUGAACUGUCACAGGUUUUAUAUAUAUAUAAAAAAAAACACUUGCAGAAACUGCUUCAGUCUGGCCGCCGCAUUAACAACCCCCAUCUUGCUCACCCCCACCCCCAUCUACCCUGGAUGAAAAAUAGGUCAGCGGCAGCCAUUUGUCUGUAUAUAUAUAUAUAUAUAUAUGUAUAAACAUAUGAUUUUUCCAUACAUUUAUCACUUUAUAAGCCAUUUUUAAUUAUCAUUUUUGUCUCUUUAAAAAACAUUGUUGAACACUUUAUUCUUGCCAAAGUUCACACCCUCAAUGUAUGUGUUGUGUGUGUGUGUAUAUAUAUAUAUAUAUAUAUAUAUAUAUAUAUAUGUAUGUAUAUAUAUAUAUAUAUAAUGGGGGAGAGAAAACAAAAGGGACAAAUCGCAUCUGGUUUUAUUCAACUGUGGAUUGGCCAAUUAGGUGUCGUGACACUUAGAUGUUAACGAAUCGUGAUCUAUGCAUUAUUCUUCGCCUUUUCCUUUCUCAAAGGCAGGUUCCUAGCUGUAGCUUGCCUCGCAUGUCCUGGGACAAAAAAAAAAAGGUCCAGUUUUUUUAAAGAUGUAUUUAUUCGGUUUUAUAUGAAAAUGUCACGUUUUCGCUGUUUAUUCCUGUCUGACGUUUUGCUCAGCCGUACCGACGAAUUAGCCGGUAGUAAUGAAAGCCUUCGUCUAAAUCUGUAUCGGCCUUCUGAGGAAAACGGACUCAGGGAUAAAACGAAUUUAAAGACAUUUCUGGCCCGAGGAUUCAGGUGGUGUCACUGAAACAGUCUUCAUGGCCAAAAACGACUGUGGAUAGAAACCAGGAAAAAAAUACUAUGUGAUAAAACAUAUCAAAACAUUGGUUUGAUGUUCAAAUACUCUGGGGCAGGAGUUGCUUUUGGUCACAUUUGACGGCUCAUCAUCUGCUUUUUUGGGGGGCUGGUUACACACAAAAAAAAAAGGCCUAACGUUGAGUCCUCAGAAAGUUUGACUACAGGCAAUGUUAAUUCUGUAAUAUAUUUCUGUUUCAAACAAGAACUAAAUCUGCUUAUUGUUUGAAACCAGCUGAACCAGCAGUAACAUCAUAUCUUCAAACUGUGCAGAGCAAAGCCACGUUGGGCCGUGUACCAGCUGGCUGUACCAGUGACUAAACCCAAGGCUUGGCUCCUCUGCGCCUCCUAUUGUUCUGAUGUGGUAGUGCGGCUGGCUCACUUCAGAAAACCCACGAUACAGACGCACAGUCGCGCAGAGUGGAAUGCGACAGGCAUGUCUGAUGUUCACUAACUUCCCGCUGUCUAAAUGUAACCUGUUGUGAGAAUAAAGUGUGUAUUAAACCUCA